UUGACAGGAGAAAGAAAAUUUUUCUGAGACGCUAAUUUGGUUGUACGGAAAACAAAAGUUGUAAAAUAUGUCGCUUCCAAGUAAUUAUAAACAAAUUGCGGCAAAUGUUGGACCCAGCACACCAGUUGCAACUACUGGUUCAGGCGGUUCCAGUCGGUCUCGUUCUUCAGGCGCGAGUGCAUCUGAACGCAACAAAGAUACUACACCAAUUUUUACUCAUAGUAACUAUGGUAAUCCUGCGUUCACACCACAAAAAGUGGGUAAGUCGUCAAGUUCGAAGAGUCAAUCCGAAUCUCGCGCUCCGAAACCGCCAAAAGCACCUGAAAAGCCUGCGUUACCUUAUAUGCGGUAUUCGAGACGUGUGUGGGAUAACAUAAAAGCACAGCAUCCAGAAUUAAAACUUUGGGAAUUGAGCAAGAAAAUUGGCACAAUUUGGAAACAAUUACCAGAUAUAGACAAACAAGAAUAUGUUGACGAAUAUGAAACUGAUAAAUUGGAAUACGAAAAAUCACUUAAAGCUUAUCAUAAUUCUCCAGCAUAUUUGGCAUAUAUGGCAGCAAAGAGUAAGUUGAAAACCGAUGCGGACGUACACGAGACACCAUCACGUGCAAGCGGCAAAAGUCAACAAGAACGGCGAAUCGAUAUACAACCAGCAGAAGAUGAAGAUGAUCAGGAUGAUGGAUACUCUUUUAAGCAUGUAGCUUAUGCACGUUAUUUGCGUAACCAUCGACUAAUCAAUGAAAUCUUUUCUGAUGCUGUGGUGCCGGAUGUCCGAUCAGUAGUAACUACACAGCGUAUGCAGGUUUUAAAACGUCAAGUUAGUUCUCUUACAAUGCAUCAAACCAAACUAGAAGCUGAGCUCCAACAAAUGGAGGAGAAAUUUGAAACUAAAAAGCAACGAAUGAUGCAGAGUAGCGAAGCAUUUCAGGAAGAACUUAAACGUCAUUGCAAACCAGCGGUAGAUGAAGAAACUUUUCAAAAGAUGGUACAGCGUAUGUAUGAGGAAAUGAAACGUGAUCGUCAACGUGUUGAUGAUCCCAGAGAAGUGCAUUCAAACCCAAAUAUACCUCCUACAGCAAGUCGUGCAGAGGAAAAGCCACAGAUCACGCCACCACAAGCUCAAAUAGCGCCGACUAAUACAUCAGCAACCAUUCCAGCUGAAAAAAAUGAGAUUGUACAAGCUCCUUUACAUAAACCUGCUCCAGAACAGAGUAUCAAACCUGAAACUGAACCAAUGGAAACUGAUUCCUCUCCCAAAGCUGUAUCAAGCAUGCCAGCUAAAACCGAUGUGCGUCCAAUUGAAUCUCCAAAGAUUCAAAAGAUGCCCACAGAUGCUAUAAGAGAAACAUCUAAGCCUAUGCCACCAUCAACUGGUAAACAAGUGCAACCAAGUCCCACACCUACUCCUACACCAACUCCCACGCCACCACCACCAACACCACCCCCAGCAUCAACUGCUCCUGCUACAACAAACAAUCCACCAAUCUCAAAUCCAACAAAUGCUCCUUAUCACCCGCAAGGAGCUUACUAUGCUGCUGGCGGUGCUCCACAUUAUCCUGUGCAACCGAUGCCUGCACCAACUGGUCCAGCACGUUCACCAUAUUAUCAAUCGCAAUAUGGUCCUCAUCCGACGCAGCCAUAUGGUCAAUAUGCACCAUAUACACAUUAUCAACAACCUUAUGGACCACCACCUGGUCCACAUUAUAUGAAUUCUCGUCCACCACCUCAACACAAUGGUUCACCAGUUCAUUAUCCCGAACACUAUCCUCCACAACCUCAUGAUGUUUAUGGACAACCACCACAUAAUACUGUUCCACCACAGCAACAACCUUUACCUCCUGCUGCACCACAACCAAACGUUCCUCCAUCCACUACUCCUGAGGCACCUAAAACCGAAGACAAAAAGGACGAGUAAUUGCAAUAUUUAUUAAAUAAAAUAUAAAAAACAAUUUUGAACAUAUAAGUAGAGUUUUAGGUUAAUUUUCAUCAAUUUACAUAAAUUUAUACUACGAACUUAUUGAUGUCUGUAACGUAACAAUAAUAAAAAAUUCGAAAUAUGUUAAUAUUAGAAAGUCUGGUAAAGUAAUUGAUUAUAUUAAUAUAUAAA